AUGAGAACGUCGGCGACAGAGAAAUCAGGGUUUACAUUCUUGGGAUGCAAGUUAACCGGAUCAGGCUCGACCUAUUUGGGAAGACCAUGGGGAGCUUAUUCUAGGGUUGUCUUUGCUUAUUCCUUCUUCUCCAACGUCGUCGCACCUCAAGGCUGGAACCAAUGGGGAGACUCAACCAAACAAAAUACUGUAUAUUAUGGUGAAUACAAAUGUUAUGGUCCUGGAGCAGACAGGGGACAAAGGGUGAAAUGGUCGAAACAACUAUCGGACGACGAAGCAACUGGCGAUCAAAACGGUGCUGAGUUAGUGACGUGGUGGCGAGCGAGGCUUUUGGGUCAUGGCGGUGCUCUUGCUUCUUCUUCUUCUUCUUCUUCUUCUUCUUCUUCCCUUCUAGGUACCGCUCUAUCUCUUCUUGUUACUCAGACUUGGAAUUUUCCUCUUGGUCUUGUUCUUGUUGAUCUCUUUGGUGUCUUAGCUUUCAGUUCCUGA